CAAACAUUCACUCUUCAAUAGCCCAAAAAAAAAAAAAAAAGAAGCUAAAAUAGCUCACUCUGUUUCAUCUAUUUUCUCUCUUGAUUUCCCAUGCUUCUAAUCACAAAAAUCUUCAUAAAACCUACUAUUUUCAUAGUAGCUUCACUUUUCUCUCCUUUACGAGAAAUGGUCGCUGCUAAAAACUCAAACACAACCUUCUUCGACUGAGAACCAGAAAGAUUCUCAAAACCAAACAAAAAUAUUUUCUUUUUUUUUUCUCACCAAAAAUGGAUUCCAUCAACUUCUACAACAUCAAGGCCGAGAAGGCGAACGCGAUUCUGCGGUACAAUCAGCUCCGAAAGAUCGCGAACUUGUUCCGAUUCGUCGAAGUUCUCGUCAUUCUGAUCUUGGUAUCAAAGCUCUCUCUUCACGUCCCACACGCAGUGAAGAACUCCGGCGGUUACGUCAAGGACAUGACACUGGUCCUCUUUAGUCCUCGCUUCGUUUUUGUUCUCGGGAACGUGAUUGUCAUCACUCUGUUCGCCAAGGCCGGGCAGUUUUCUUCUCGAGAUUCUGGGAAAAAGUUCUCGGAAAACGAUCUCUACGACGAGUUCGUGAAGAGUAGCAAGAAAAACCGGAGAGUUUUUGUCGAUAACCGGGCGGCGAAAAAGCAUAGCGUUCCGGACAACACUCGCGUUGUUGUCGCCGAGAAGAGUAAGAAUCAAAUUGUGGAGAUUAAAAGGAGUAAUUCGGAGAUUAUGGAACGACCCAAGAAGCCGAAAAGUGUGUUGAAGCGAUCGGAGACGGAGAAAUUCGGUGAGAUCAAAUCGGAAAAAUGUUUGUAUCCCGAGGAUUUGAUGAGCAGUGAAGAGUUUCGUCUAAAAGUUGAAGCUUUCAUAGCAAGGCAACAGAGGUUCAGAAUGGAAGAAGUCUACUCUGGUGAUGAUCUAGAGUGAGGGGUAGGAUUGAGAAAAUAUGUUCAAAUAUCACACUUUUCUUGUUCUCCAGUGUUAAUAUAUGAGCUUUUAUUUGUA